UAAUAUUUUUUUUUGCGUAAUGCCUAACAUGCACUGCAAAAGCUCCUGCUGUGGACCUUUUGAGGCUGAAGACCCUAAGAGAUAUGAAAUCCACUUUUUUAAUCCCUUAAAGGUAUGACAAGCACCCCCAUAUAUGGGAGUUCCCCCCAGGGUUUGGGCUGAUAGAAAAAUAUAUUUUGGCAGAGACGGGAUAGCCUUCCGUUCCCCCUGCCUCUAAACCCUUAAUCUCACACUGAGUGAUAUGCAUGCAGGUAUCAAAUAAUGUCAUGACUACAAGACAGCAUCCUACAAGCUAAAAUAUUUAUAUGUAUGUGAUAAAUUUGUACUGAUGACCAUGUUCUAAUUAAUUUAGGUUUAGAUAUCUCAAGAGGUAGUCCUUUCAUAACCAUGGAAAUAAUGACAUGAAAUGUGAGGCACUUUGAAUAGAAAAGAGUAUUUUUUAAUUUUGUUUCCCAUUAUUUGUUUUGUUGCCACCCUGAAUUAAUGGGUUGACUGCAUGUAUUCAUGGGGUUUUCUUAUAAAAAUUGUAUGGGCAUUUUUCUGGGACAAAAAAGUGGCCGUAACAACGAGGUGACUGUGUUAAAGAGGUGGCCAUAAAGGGAAUUUCUACUGUAUUGUCAAAAAUGAUUUUCGAAAUUAAAUAUUAUAUACACACUAUUUCAGCCUACUUAGUUAAUGUUAGCUGGGUACUACGAGGAAGAUACACAAGAUAAAGAUGAUAUUAAUAUUUAAUAUCAUAAUUUACCAUUUUUUACGCUGAACCAGGAUUUAUUUUUCCUGAGAAUUGGACACCAAUGCCACACCCUAACACAACUGUGCACACAGUACAGCUCUCCUCAGACUCCUCAGAGUAUCAAGAUGUCAUGGACAAGUUGCAAGCCACUGCAAGUGCACUAAAUGUCCAGAAAAUUGAAUGAAUACAAAAUCCUCAUCUGUAUCAGACUUACAUGUUGAAAAAAUUGAAAAUGAGCCAAGACAAUGGAGGAGUUGAGGGUGAACGACAACUCUUCCAUGGAACCAGAGGAGAAAAUAUCAGCCGUAUCAAUGCACAAGGUUUUAACCGGAGCUUCUGUAGACUCCAUGGUGGAAUUCUUGGACGUGGUGUGUAUUUUGCAAAAGAUGCUUCUUAUUCAGUUCGAUAUGCAGGGGUUCCGGGUGGAAAUCGCUACAUGUACCUCGCGCGGGUCCUGGUUGGUCAGUAUUGCGAUGGAGACUUUGAUUUGAUUGUACCUCCACCAAAAGAUCCUUCCAGGCCAGAAGUGCUGUACGACUCUGUUGUAGAUCAGUGUGAAAGUCCUAAUAUCUUUGUUGUUUUCUUUGAUAAUCAGUGCUACCCAGAAUACCUUAUAACCUUUCAGUGAUCUCAUUCAACUAGUCUUGAUACAAAAGCGGCUCCUGGAAAUAAAUUGCACGGCACACAUGCAGUUUUGCAAGGCACGCGAGGACACCACGAGUCACGCGAGGUAUCCACGAGUCGUACGUGGAGAGAGCUCAAGCAUCUUUGAACACCUUCCAGUUAUACUACACGGUUCAGAUUCGUUUAAUGUAUACCCAAAUUUGUCCAAAUGAAUUUCUGAUAUUUAUUCUUCACUUCACCCUGCCUUAGAUUAUUAUUUUUGCUUUUUGUGGGUUAAGCGGAUAUUAGUUAAGUAAACUCUGAAUGUAAAAAUAUUUAAUUAACGUGCAACUUGUAACUUUUAUUAAAAUUUGUUGUUUUAUGAUACAGAUACAAAAUGUUCUGUUGUUCUCUCCUGUAGACAACAGGCAACUGAAAGCCCUGACCCCACUCCCUCAAAAAGAAUAAUUGUCCGUCCCUAAAAGUCUCACAUCACAGCCCUCAUUGGUUUUGCAUUUCCCUCGCUAGAGGCCGCCCACCAAAACUCUUAGGAGUGCGGCGUCUGGGGACGAGGAAGGGAUUUUUUUAAAAUUAAACCUUCAUCAACUAAAUAAAUCCUGGCACAGUAAAUGCCAACUUCAGUGUUACGAGAAAAAGCCCUGGAUGCAAGUGCUCUCUCGACUCCUUGUGACAAAAACUUUUUCAUCUGGGUUCUGUCAAUUCUAGCAGAAGGUAGCCAUUUACGUAGACGCUUUCACUCUGAUUUUUUCAAAGGAUUAUAUUUUCAACUGAUACGCCACGGCGAUGAGGGGGAGGGUCUCGCAGAGGUUUUGGAGAACAACGGGAACAUGACGAUAUUUCAAGGGAGCAAGGGUAUUUUCAAGGGUAUUUUUGGGAUUAACUUUAGGCAGAUCAUAUUCUCUUGCUGUGGGGAACAAGAGAUAUCUCUACUAUUAAAGGGAACUUUGAGAAAACGUUUAGGCAACAAUGGACUUUAAUAUUAGGGAACAAGGGAGAAGAAGUUAAGUUUUUAAGGAAUCAAGUGAACAUGGAUACCC